UAGCCACGGGGACAAGCCUCUGGGGUAGAUUUGAUUGUUUUAAGGAGGGUAUAUAAGGGGAGUUAAGAGAGUCGUGUGCCAGACACACAGCCACUGAGCUGCAAGCAGUGCAAACAGCUCGCUUCACAGGAGUACUGGGGCGCGUGCCAAUAGUACUGCAAAAAAAUAAAUAAGUACAUAAAUAUAGCUUUCUGACAACAACUGAAUGUCAUUUGGACUACAAGAGCUCGGGACAACGUUUUCUUUGGUUUCUUUCUGCUACUUGAAGCAAGUUUAUCGAAUCACGUCUUUACUUACUGCAAAAGCUAACCAAGCUCAAGUGCAAAUAUGUUUUCUAAAGCCGACAGCUUCGAGUAUGAGGAGCAGGGUAUGAUGCUCGAAUCUCCGCCCCCAUCAUCUCCGGAUAGAGACUCCCUCGGUCAAUCUGAAGAGGACAUGGAGAUGUCUCCGACGCAAAAGCCAAGCAGCGCUGACUGCAAACGCAGAUCCAGGGGCAGAAGCACCAAGACCAUCAAAAACCCAGAGGUCUUGCAGAAGGUUAAGAAAGGCCGAAGGCAAAAGGCGAACAACAGAGAGAAGAACAGGAUGCACAACCUCAACUCAGCACUGGACACCCUGCGACAGAUCCUGCCUUGCUUCCCCGAUGAUGCCAAGCUUACCAAAAUUGAAACCCUGCGUGUCGCCCACAACUACAUCUGGGCCCUCACAGAGACCCUCCGGCUGGGCGACUCGUUCAGCGGGGUGGCUGACUGCAUCUUCAUGGGGAAGGGCUUUCAAGACCCCGGUCUGAUGACCCCCAGCUCAGGGACAGCUGAUACCCCAUCCCCGUGGAGCUGCAGCAGCUCACCUUCCUCCUCGUACACCUGCGCUUCAUCCCCUGCCAGCUCAGACAUUGACAGCUGCAGUUGGAGGUCCGAAAACCAGAGCUACGCUGGAACCCCAGCACAAAACGAUUUUAGUUAAAAUAAGACACUUUAUACAUAAGAAGUACACUUUUUUUUAAAUAUAUUUUUUUUAGAUAAUAUAUCGUGCAAGUGCAUUUAAUGUGUCAGCUUGUUAUGUGAAAUUGACGAACGUGAUAUAUUUGACCGAAAUACUGUUAUUGUUUUUAUGAUUCUCUAUGAUGAACUUGGUAACUUUAAUAUCUUUAAAUGACACUGAUUGACGUUUAGUUCUCUAAAAAAACAACAACAAAAAACGUAUUGUUUUAUGUCUGGCUUGGGAAAGGUUACUAUAAAAUGUAUUUUUUAUUUUGAAUGUUGUAACUAUACUUGAAAUGCGUGGCAUCUGCCGUCUUUCCCACGUGUUAGCUUCAGCAGUAGGCUGUGGGAAUUUUAACUGGUCAAAUCAAACUCUUUUUUUUUUAGUGAUGUGCACUUUGUUCGGUUUCCCAGCUUCCCACAAUGCCCUUUAUUCGCUCACUUUCACUUGCUGUUUUGCAUUUCACCAUCUGUCUUACAUGAUUUAUAAGAAAAAGGUAUUCUGCUAGAUAUCCAGGUUAGAAGUCAUUGCAUAAUUUGUAGACUUUGUGAAGACUGAAUACAAGCGUGGAAAUGUAGUCUGAACGCUCUAUCAAAGGCAAAACGCUGAAGGAAAAUAGAAAAAAUCGGGAAGGAGGAUUGCUUCAUGAAUCAUGCAUUAUUUAUUUCGACCUCCGGGGGAUGUGAAAUUGCUAUUCUUUAACGGGACUAAAAAUAAAUCAAACAUAUAACAUUAAAGCGACCAGCAGCACCCGAGUUCACUUUUAUUUAUUAGAAUGGAAAUGUUUCGUCGACAAAAUGUAUAUUUUGUAUAUUUCAGAGUUUUAUUCUAGUAUGUAAUUUACCUUUUUGAAAAGAAAACGAAAACUGUCCUUGAAAGGCUUUUUCAAAUGUAU